AUGACGACACACCACCCGCGCCGGCACCCGAUCAUCCUGAUCACGGGCACGCCCGGGACGGGCAAGACGCUGCACGCAAGCCUGCUUGCGUCGGAGAGCGACGAGCUCGUGCACUUGAACGUCGGCGACAUCGUGAAGCAGCACGGGCUGCACGAGGGGUGGGACGACGAGUGGCAGAGCUAUACGGUCGACGAGGACCGGCUGCUCGACCACCUCGAGGAGAUUGUCAACCCGGCAUCGGGGCCCGCGCCGACGGGCUUCAUCAUCGACCACCAUGACCCAGGGCUGUUUCCCGAGCGCUGGAUCGACCUCGCGGUCGUGCUGACGUGCGACAACCGCGUGUUGUAUGAGCGGUUGGAGGCGCGCAACUACCCCCAGAACAAGAUUACGGAGAAUAUCACGGCCGAGAUCAUGAUGACGUGCGUGAAUGAGACGCGGGAGAACUACGACGAAAACAUUGUCGUCGAGCUGCGCUCGGACGGGUCCGGCGGCGAGAACGAGGUCGAGGACAACGUACACCGCAUCGCGCAGUGGGCGGCCCAGUGGACGCGCGACCGCGAGGCGGGCGUGCACGACGAGUAGAUAGACAUCUCUUCAUAAUCGCAUCGCAUGCCCUCGGCUUCACGCUCGCGCUCGCGCUAGUGCCGCUCCAGCCCGCUUGGAUCGCACGUCAUAGCUGCGCGGCGCUGUCUAGAUACACCAUGUAUUCAUUACCCGCCUGAAUGCUACUCGUCGUACACAUGCACCACAUUAACCGUAGACGCUGCUGUCAGAAUCAUCGCGGGCCGGACUCACAGGCGGAAGACGUCGUUCUGGACGUAGUACGUGCCGUUCUCCGGGAUGAGCUG